AAAAACGCGUUUCUUUUACUAUAUUCCCCCUCUAUAACAUACGCGGCUUGCAUAAUUUGUCAACUCUCUAGACUCGUGUGAAAGAAAUAGGCAGCUCAGGAAAACAGCUCCUUCUAGUCUGCGUCUCAGGUCCUGAAACCCUAAUCAGCUCAGAUCUGAUUGUAGAUGCACUUCCGGCCAUCUCCAUCAUACCAAAUGCAGCUAGCUUUGUUUUCAUGGAUGCCAAGAAAUUCAUGCAGCUGGUGGAGGAGAAGAAGAAGAGAGUCCUGGCCAAGAAGGAAGCCCCGUUGAUAUGGGAACAGAAGCUUGAAGCUGCUGCUAAAGCAAAAGCCGAUGCCGAAGCCAAUGAGAAAAGGUCGAAAUCUGCCAAACUCAAGCGAAGGUCACGAUCACCAUCUGAUUCAGAUACCGACAGCCACGAGAAGCGGACAAAAAAAUCUCACAAGAGGAUAAAAGACAAGAAAUCCAAGCAUAAUAAGCCAAAGAGAAGAUCGUCAGGUUCAAGCUCCUCGGAUUAUUACUCGAGCGACAAUGAUGAAGAUGAUUAUAAAAGUGUGAGGAGAAAUAAGCACCAUAGGCGUUUGCACUCGAGCCAUUCGGACUCGUCAAGUGAUGAUGAAAAUGGAAAGAGAGAGAGAAGGCACAGAAAACAUCACCACAGACAUCACAAGAAGUCUGACUCUAGCUACUCGGAUUAUUCUUCAACUGAUGAUGAGUCUGAGGAAAAGAGGCACCGUAUAAAGCGCCACAAGCAUCAUCAUCAUCAUCAUAGAAGGUCUCAUAGUCAUGACAGUUCGGGUUCGGAUGAUGACAGAAAAUAGUGAGUCUGAGAAAUUCUUAAUGGAGAUGCUGAUCAUCUGGGCAAAUUGUUUCAGAAUUUGGUGAGGUAUCUCUGAUUAGUCUGCCUAUUUCUUUGGGUUGUCUCAGACAUUUGAGAACUUAUAUUUGGGUUGGUCUUGAUUUUCUGUGUUGCAAAACUGCAAUUUGUGAGUGUUUGUACCUUGAAUUUAUUUUAGACCUUGCAGUUGUCAUCCGUGAUUAUUUAUGUUGGUGUUUUAUCUUUCAGUCGCUUGAAUUCUGUCAUAGUGAAAUUCUGAAGUUAGUUCUUCAAGUUUUUUAUCUUUCGCAGCGAACGAGGGUCUGUCUAAUUCCAGUCUGACAAAUGAGAAACUGCAAGAACGUAAAUGUCAAAUUCAUGUUCUAAUUUUGUAACUAUAUUCAAUUCAAAUUGAAGUAUAAGCAUACUCAAUUACUCUAGUUGGUACGCAAUUAAAUCUUUAAUCACGUCAUCAGAUAAUUUUAUUCCUAG